AUGCGACUAAACCUGCAGAAGUGCACGUUCGGAGUGACUUCGGGCAAGUUACUCGGAUACGUAGUUAGCACACGGGGCAUAGAAAUUGAUCCAUCCAAGAUCAAAUCCAUAACCGAAAUGCCACCGCCAAAGUCUGAAAAACAGAUCCAGGGCUUCUUGGGCAAACUGCAGUACAUUAGUAGGUUCAUUUCCAAACUUACCAUGGCGUGCGAACCCAUCUUCAAAAAACUCAAAAAAGAGGACAAAGCUGAAUGGGAUGAACAGUGUCAAAAGGCUUUCGAUAAAAUCAAAGAAUAUCUAAGUAAUCCUCCAGUUCUAUCCCCACCAAGGUCGGGCAUUCCCCUACGCCUCUACCUAACAGUCACUGACACAGCCGCAGGUGCAAUGCUCUCUACGACUGCUAGCUUCACAGUAUGA